AUGAGUUCUACGAAAUUCGCCGUUCCCAAGCUCCCCUAUGCUUACGAUGCACUCGAACCCUACAUUUCCGAACAGAUCAUGACCCUCCAUCAUUCCAAGCACCACCAGGCCUAUGUGACCAACCUCAACACUGCCUUGGUCUCGCAAGCAGCUGCCUCGGCCACAAAUAGCAUUGUCCAACAAGUACAUCUCCAAGCGGCGAUCCGUUUCAACGCCGGGGGCCAUAUCAACCACACACUGUUUUGGGAGAAUCUCACUCCGGCCGCUGGGACCGCUGCCAGCCCUUCCGUGGCCGGGGCUCCACGUCUAAUUGCUGCCCUCACAUCGCAAUGGGGGAGCGUCGAUGCCUUCAAGGGAAAGUUUGAGGAAACGUUGCUAGGUCUUCAGGGCAGUGGCUGGGGCUGGUUGGUGCAGGACGUCGAGACCAAUCUGCUCGAAAUCAUAACUAGCAAAGAUCAAGAUAUUGUGCCAAAGGGCAAGAAGCCGCUGCUUGGAGUGGAUAUGUGGGAGCAUGCGUACUAUCUCCAGUACUUAAACAACAAGAAGGAAUACGUCUCUGGCAUUUGGAAUGUAAUUAACUGGACUGUGGUGGAGAGGCGGCUGGGGAGCGAUAUUGACACCGUCUUCAGUGUUGUUGGCACUCUGGCGGCGAAUUUAUAGGCAUGCCACCAACAACUAUUAGCAUCU